GGCUUCUUAAUUAUCCCUCCUCACACUCCUCACAAAAACCUCUGUAAAACCUGGUUCUCUGCAACUUUCUGAGUGAAUGCAAGUAGAAAGAACAAGAAGGAUUUCAAUGGAGUUAAAGAGUGUGAUGAUCUUCAUUUUUGUCAUUCUGUUUUUGCAGCAGUUUGCUCACUCUGCAACACUUGUUGUUGAUGGAGUUUCUGAAUGGAAGAAUCCUACUGUUCAAGUUGGUGACUCCAUUAUUUUCAGGCACAAAUACAACUACAAUUUGUACAUUUUCAAGAGCAGAAGAGCUUUCAAUUUGUGCAAUUUCACUGAAUCUACACUUCUCACUCCUGCAAGCCCAACAUUCACUUGGCACCCAUCAAGGCUUGGCUCCUUCUACUUCGCCUUCAAAAACGAGUCCACAAAAUCUUGUGACGCCGGUGAGAAGCUUGCAAUUCAAGUUUCCUCCUCACCGACACCGGAAACAUCCGCCUCGCCACCACUACCACAACCGUCGGUUGCAGCACCGUCACCUUCCAUCGCCAUUGGUGGUCACGGGAGCAUUGUAUCCUCCUCACCACCACUACCUAGCAUCCCCGGUGGUGGUAGCGGUGGAGGUAUAGUUUCAUCGUCUCCGUCUUACCCGUGGCCUAAUCGUCCACUAGAACUAGUUUCCCCAAGCCCGUCUCCAAUGAAUGCGAUUUUUCCCUCGAAUGGUCCCUUGAGUGGUCCAAGAAAACGUGGCGGAUCUUUACCGUUCAUCAACAGCAACCCUGCGGUGCCGUUGCCGACCGGUGAAGUCGAUUCCGCCACCAUAAGGCCUGCUCCUAGUUCUAGUGUUCAUAGCUUACAGGAUGUGGGGCUUGUUGGUGGUGUUAAAGUAUUUUGUUGUGUGGUUUUGCUAGUGGUGUUGAUAUGAAGAUGGGUGGCAGCUAAUUGAUGUAUGUAAAGAGAGGAGUGGGGUAGUGUAGGGUAGUGUGGGGGCAUGUCAAAUUUAAGUUAAAAGGUGGAUUUUGAUGAUUAUUGUACCAAUCUUUCAAUUUUAUGAGUUGUGUGACCCUGCAUUUGAAUUAAAAGCUUAUUUCUUUUGCUACAUUA